CUGAUUAGGUUGGAGGGAAGCUGUGUUCUAGCUCAUCUGCCUGUGAGGAAAUGAAGAUAUCUCUGAUGGCCCAGUGAUCUGGCGGAUGCUGACCUACCCUCCUGCACGGAGAGCACUCCUGGUGGGUUGUGGACUGCAGAUGUUCCAGCAGCUGUCUGGGAUCAACACGGUCAUGUACUACAGCGCCACCAUCCUGCAGAUGUCGGGAGUGCGAGACGACAAAUUGGCUAUCUGGUUGGCCGGGCUCACGGCUGCCACCAACUUCCUGUUCACCCUGCUGGGGGUGUGGCUAGUGGAGAGGGUGGGCCGCAGGAAACUCACCUUGGGGAGCAUGCUGGGUACGUGUGUGAGUUUGUCUCUGCUGGCUGUUGGCUUCCUGCUGUCUGCCCAGCACUCUCCUCCCAUCAGCCUCCACCCCACAGACCCCUCCGUGGCCAACUCGACCUGCGCCACACACCUGAUGUGUGAGUCGUGCAUGCUGGACCCGGGGUGUGGCUUCUGUUACCGUGAGAACAGCACAACACUCUUUGCCUCCUCCUGUGUACCAGUCAAUACAGCCUCCACUGAGCAGGCAGCAUGGGGCAGGUGCUCCAACUCUACCCUGGAGAAAGAGAAGACAUACUGGGCCUACAACUACUGCCCCACGUCCUACUCCUGGGUGGUCCUGCUGGGUCUGGUCUCCUACCUGGCCUUCUUCGCUCCAGGUCUGGGUCCCAUGCCUUGGACAAUCAACUCGGAGAUCUAUCCUCUCUGGGCCCGGAGCACAGGCAAUGCCUGUUCUGCUGGAGUCAACUGGAGUUUUAAUGUGCUGGUGUCCUUCACCUUCCUGCACAUGGCUCAGUACCUCACCUACUACGGAGCCUUCUUCCUGUACUCUGCCAUGGCUUGGCUGGGUUUCAUCUUCAUCUACGGCUGCCUGCCUGAGACCAAGGGCCGGCGGCUGGAGGAGAUUGAGUCUUUGUUCGACAGCCGGCUGUGCUCCUGCGGGGUGACGGAGUCAGACGAGGGCCGUCAGGUGGAGUACAUCAGGGUGAAGGGGAGCAACUACCACCUCUCGGAUAACGACGCCUCCGACGUGGAGUGAAAGCAUCUUGGAGCUGGAGAGGUCUGGGUCUGGGUCAGUCUAGCUCUGGGGCUGCAUGUGGGCCCCUAGCAACCCCCUGUUCUCAAUGUGUGGUCCGUGAUCUGUAGCUGUGUGUCAUCCUUGGGGAGUGGGAGGGGGUGGGGAGGCUGGGCAGGGUCAGGGACGGGCAACUCUGGCUCUGGAGGGCUUGGUAUGUGUGCAGGCUAGUUUUUAGACCUGCGUACUACCACACCUGCUUCAUUCGAUUAACCACGCUCCUAUAUGGAGUCUGUUCCAUGGUUUGGUCAGGUGUGCUGGGCUGGAAAACAAAUCCAUAACGCCAAGCGACUUAGUGGGAUGGCUGCAGCACUGGUCCAUCCCUGAUAUACUGUACAGCACAACCUCCCAGAAUCCUGUUCUCUGGUUCGUUUUCUAAAGUAGAGAUCACCUAUUUACUUCUGUAACUAGACUAGACUCAGCCAAGUUAAACACCUUAGUUCUCUAUCACCCUAUACCAGACAGUGAGAAAUGCGUUGAUCAUGGAUGGUCAAAUGUAUGGUCAAAUGUUUAUAGUGUCUCCAUUUAGAUAUUAUACAUACAUGCUGCUGGAUUUCCUCACCCAUAACCAGCUUGUUGCUUAGCAACAGAGUUAGCGGCGAUAGCUUGUUGGUGUUGUAGUUUGAGCAUAUGUGGAUCACAUUUAAAGAACCUCUUCAAUCGCACUGUAGCAGGAAAAUUACAAUACAGAUAAAACCAUUGCCUUUUCCCUACCACCAAUUGAUUGGUCAGUAUACGUUGAAUGAACAUGAAGCCUCCCAACCAAACCCAAAUGUUGCUAACUGAAUGUUGUAGUUAACCCAAAUGUCCACUUGCUUUUAGAAAGGCGGAAUCGGAGAUCUUGUAUUAUAUUCAGUGUUAAAAUACCAGUAUGCCUUUCUAUAUGAAACAUUCAACUCAGUAAUGUCCUCUUGGCUUGUAGCACUACUAAUGGGUUUUCAGUCACUAGGUCUUUAUGCUUCUCUGUUGUUCUGUUCUUCUGAUGGGCACCUGUCACUGUUAGGUGUUUCUUACUGGAACUUUGUGUUGUUCUACAAAUUCUACUCAUGAUGUAUUAAACCGUUCAAAUCCGGGAUGAAUUCUGAAUUUAUUUUACCUUUUUGUUUUCCGAAGUUGUGUAACUGCUCAUUCAAAGAACACUACAAGCACUCUGAAAAUACUCAUACGUAUAUAGGAUUAUGUCAUAUGCAUUUUUUUGUUUUCUACAUUCUGAUUUCCCUGGAAACAGUUUUGGAGUGUUUUUUUUCUCCGCACACUUUAGUUGUGUAUUCCUUCAUAGAGCCUUAUGUACAAACUGCCAUGCAUAUCACUUGUGUGAAAGAGUCAGGUUACUGUGUUCCAAAAGUCCAAGGAGUGCUUUACUUAGCAAUGUUGUUUUAUGUAUAUAUUAUUGUAAAACUGUGUGAGGUUAUACCUUGAUAUUCUUGUGCACAUAGAUAUGUGUAUAGCAAUCUCUGAAAU